AUGCUCAACAAGGUUCUUGUCCUUGCCCUCCUGGCGCUGGCCGCCGCUGCCCCAGUCGAGGUCGCCGAGCGCGACGUCCCCACCGUCGUCGAGCGUGCCGCCAACGGCGACCCCCUCAACCUCCUCUCCUCCAUCCAGGCCGCCAUCCCCGUGGCUACCCCUGCCCCGCCUCCCUUCCCCGACCCGAACACCGACCUCCCGGGCUUCAUUGCUUGGCUCCAGAAGACGUACCCCCACGGUACGAAGCGCGACAACGCCGACCCCCUCAACCUCCUCUCAUCCAUCCAGGCCGACAUCCCUGUCAACACCCCGGCCCCGCUCCCCUUCCCCGACCCGAACACCGACCUUCCCGGCUUUAUCGCCUGGCUCCAGAAGACGUACCCCAACGGUACCAAGCGCGACGCGGCUCCGGCUCCCGCCCCCGCCCCGGCGCCCAAGGACAACGGCCACCCUGCCCAGGUCCCCAAGCGUCCUGGUGGCCACAAGGGCGCCCACCCUGCCCAGGUUCCCAAGAAGCCUGCUGGUGACAAGGGUGCCCACCCGGCCCAGGUCCCCAAGAAGCCUGCUGGCGAGAAGGGUGCCCACCCGGCCCAGAUCCCUCACCGCCCUCAGCACUCGGCUUAG